AUGCACGCAUUUGUGCAUAGAGGAUCGCGACAGAAACGAGUUAGAGCUUUGUCUUCAUUUGCUUUGGAAUGUUUAGAAGGUGUCAUGUCUAUGGGUCGCGUUUGGUCACAACUCAGUAUGGCUUGUCAAGUAAUCAAGAGAACUGUGUGCGGUGGCUGUGGCGAAUUAGAUCUAAUAAUGAAGGGUGAUCUUGAUGGAGAUGGCCAGCUACAAUGUCAGCUUGUGGUAGAGGUGGCUGGUCUGUGGUGGUUGGCAAUGGAGGAGUUAAACGAUGAAAAAAGUAAUGGAUCUACAUUUCAAGAUGCUAAGUUCCUCUACAAGAAUUCACAUCCUAAGGAACUUUUUUUAUCAAGUGAUGCAAAUGCUCUCAUUGAACAUACCAAAAGAGUUUUGGUGAUUGAAGAUGGUGAAGUAGCUCAUAUUAAGGAUGGAGCUGUGUCAAUACUCAAGUUUGAUAAUGAUAAGGGAAGACAUGGUGGUCUUUCUAGACCAGCAUCAGUACAACGUGCAUUAUCUGUUCUUGAGAUGGAGGUUGAGCAAAUUAAUAAGGGAAAGUAUGAACAUUACAUGCAAAAAGAAAUUCAUGAACAGCCGGAAUCUUUGAAAACCACUAUGAGGGGGAGGCUUAUACGUGGCGGUUCCAGCAAAGCAAAGACUGUCCUUUUGGGUGGACUGAAAGAUCACCUAAAAACAAUAAGGCGGAGCCGACGGAUUGUUUUCAUUGGUUGUGGUACAAGUUACAAUGCUGCACUAGCUGCACGACCCAUCUUGGAAGAGCUAUCUGGUGUUCCUGUUACUAUGGAAAUUGCUAGUGAUCUGUUGGAUCGGCAAGGUCCUAUAUACAGAGAAGAUACUGCAGUUUUUGUUAGUCAAUCAGGUGAAACUGCAGAUACAUUACGUGCUCUGGAAUAUGCUCUGGAAAAUGGUGCAUUAUGUGUUGGCAUAACAAACACGGUUGGCAGUGAAAUAGCUAGGAACACACAUUGUGGUGUACAUAUAAAUGCUGGAGCAGAAAUAGGUGUAGCAAGCACCAAGGCCUAUACAAGUCAAAUAGUAGUGAUGGCUAUGUUAGCUCUAGCUAUUGGGGGUGAUACAAUUUCUAAUCAGAAAAGAAGGGAGGCCAUAAUAGAUGGCCUAUUUGAUUUGCCCAAUAAAGUCAGAGAAGUACUAAAGCUUGAUGAGGAGAUGAAGGAUCUUGCAAAAUUAUUGAUUGCUGAGCAGUCACUUCUUGUGUUUGGAAGAGGAUACAAUUAUGCAACUGCUCUAGAGGGAGCUCUAAAAGUAAAGGAAGUUGCACUUAUGCAUAGUGAAGGAAUACUAGCUGGUGAAAUGAAACAUGGUCCUUUGGCACUAGUUGAUGAAAAUCUCCCUAUUGUUGUGAUUGCUACUCGUGAUGCAUGCUUUAGCAAACAGCAGUCAGUUAUUCAGCAGCUUCAUGCUCGCAAGGGUCGUCUAAUAGUAAUGUGUUCCAAGGGGGAUACUGCAUCUGCAUGCCCUGGUGGAUCUGGUCGAGUGAUUGAAGUUCCUCAGGUCGAGGAUUGCCUUCAACCUGUAGUCAAUAUAGUUCCAUUGCAGUUGCUGGCAUACCAUCUCACUGUUCUAAGGGGUUAUAAUGUUGACCAGCCGCGGAAUCUUGCAAAGAGUGUGACAACCCAGUAGAUGAAAGGUUGAUUGCCAAAACUCGAACUCUAAUAGUGGCAUAGAAAACUCAAGUGCAGAAUCAUUGGGAUUGUUUCAUCCCUUUGGUUUUCACCUGGUAUUCUUACAUAUGAGAUAUUGUAGAAUUCAUCCUCUGUAAAUUAUUAAAAGUAGUUAAAAUACUUAUUUUAA